CCACCAACACCAAUAUCACCAUGGCGACUCUCACCCAAACCGUCGACCAGCUCUCCCGUAACGUGGGCCAUCUCGGCGUACGAGGAAGCACCCAGCCUCUCCAGCGCAACCACUCUCUCGACAAGUGGAGGCACUUCGCCGUCAACCCUCCCAUCGGUGAAGAGUUCAGCAAGGAUCUCCAGCUGUCUGAGAUCGUACAUGCGAAGGAUAAGGAUACCCUUAUCCGCGACUUGGCUAUCCUGAGUGAAUCUUCCCUGUUGAGGGCCGCAGACCUAGCUCCUGACCUCUUAUAGUCUCCCAGCGAGGUGUAGUCUUCUUCCGGGAGCAAGACAUCAACAUCGAAGACCAGAAAACCCUCGGAAAGAAGCUCGGUGAGCUGUCUGGAAAACCCAAGGACUCUACUCUGCAUAUCCAUCCUACCACCGAGAUUACCUCUGCCCAAGGUGACGAAGUUUCCAUGUAAGCAUGGUUUGGAGGUGGUCAGCUGGCCCAUACUGAUGGUGGUGUAUAGUAUUACCAGCGAUCGAAGGGAUCGUGAUUUGGACGACUCCUCGCGACUUGCCUUUAAACAUUGGCACUCGGAUAUCACCUUUGAGCCCGUUCCUAGCGACUAUGCCAUUCUCAAAGUCCACACUGCUCCCGAAUCCGGCGGCGACACCAUAUGGGCAUCAGCAUACGAAGCAUACUCUCGCCUGUCUCCUGACUUUGCCAAGUUUCUUGAAGGCAAGGAAGCUUUCCACGAGGCCGGGUUCUUCAAUCAGUCUGCCAAAUCAUUUGGGAUCGAGUUGAGAACUGGGGAGAGGGGGUCGCCUCUAAACCAAGGUCCUGCUCUGAGUGCCAUACAUCCUGUGAUCCGAGUCAACCCCGUGACUGGAUGGAAAGGUGUCUUUGUCAAUCAAGGCUUUACCAGACGGAUCCUUGACGUCACCAAGGAUGAAUCUGACUUCAUCCUUAACUACCUUUCUAAAUUGACCGUCAACAACCACGACUUGCAAGUCCGAUUCAGAUGGGGCAAAGACUAUGCCCCCGGAAGAGGUGAUGUAGCCAUUUGGGACAACAGAUCAAGUUUCCAUUCUGCAACCUACGACUACGACAGAGCUCUUCGGGUCGGUGACCGAGUGGUCUCCAUAGGCGAGAAACCUUACUACGAUCCUGCUGGUACUACCAGGCGUGGGGAUCUGGGUCUGGCGAGCCCUACUGAAGGCUAUCUGGGGGAGAUAUACAGAGAGGCUUUGGAAAAUGCCAAGUAGUACGGGUAGUUUAGAGAAGUCCAAGAAAAAAGAAGAAAUGUUGAACAGGUUGAACAGUUUAUGCAAAAGUUGUAACGUGUUCUUCACACUGCACUGUGUGACACCAAGCCAAAAAGAUCGAGCAUAGAAGACCUCUCGACUUCCGCCCAUUAAUUAUAGUAGGUCGCAGUCCUCAGAAUGUCAUUCCGUAGUGCCGCAGAAUGAGGUAUCAGAAGGCAGAGGGCAAAGGUCUUUCUGUCUCGGCGCCCCGAACCCCCCAGUGUCGCUGGGCGAGUCUCUGAAGACUGAUUAUGUGCGUGUCUCACAGCGUGUGCCUGCAAGGGUUUC